CGUUAAUCGUGUAUUGACAUGCAGGUGUACGAACUAGUAUUUUGACAGUACUGUUCAUUAUUCCGUUUUUUCAUUCGCUUGAAACAAGUUUAUUUAAUUCUCAGCAUACUCAAUACUGCCGCGAACUACAUUCUCGAGCGCGACGCGUAGUUUGGAAUUAUAAGCAAGAGUAUAGGUCCUGUAUAGGUCCCCUUGAAGCCAAGAUUGGAUGUUAGCAUGUUAGUGUGUGGUGGGUUACUUAUUCCAUUGUUCAAUGACUCUUAGAGGUUGUUUCAGCGGCGACGAGUGCGAAGUUGCGUGAAAGUGUAAAACAAGAUGGGAAAUUGUCUGAAAGGUUCUACUGCUGAUGAUAUUUCUUUGUUAAGGGGCAGUGAUAGCACUCGCGACUCGUCUUCGUCUGACCAGCUGGGUCCGCCACCACCAUAUCAGGAGAGUUUGCCAGUUUAUUACCCAUCUCCAAAUGUAAGCCGCCCAGUUACUCAACUCACUGAAGAAGAACAAGUAAAAAUUGCAAAAAGAAUUGGUUUGAUUCAACAUCUUCCCACCGGAACUUAUGAUGGUUGCAAAAAAAACAGAGAAUGUGUUAUUUGUAUGAUAGAAUUUAUGAUAAAUGAUCCUGUUCGGUACCUGCCUUGUAUGCACACCUAUCACGUUGAAUGCAUUGAUGAUUGGUUGAUGAGAAGUUUCACCUGCCCUUCUUGUAUGGAGCCAGUUGACGCUGCUUUGCUUACUAGUUACGAGACGAACUAGGAUGUUGAGGAAGGAAGUGCCAUGCUGGCAAAUAUGGAUGUGCAAUGUCAUUGCUAAUUGAGGAAGGUGAAGACUGAUGUGUUGUAGUGAAUUUUUGAGCUCUUGCUCCUUCGAAACUGUGAUGUGAAUGUAUUUCUGUGUGAUAAAUUGUAACUGCAAGCAGGGUACUACAUGAUCUUAAAAAAUCACUUAAGAUUGGCUUCUUGCUCUAGUGUUUGCUUGAGUCAACACCAGAAAUUCACGCCAAUGUAGUGGUCUACUUUGACUUUAUUUUCAUAAAAUGUGACAGUGGGUAGAAUUUAGGACCGUUGUGAUAAUUUAUGCUAGUUCUACUUAAUAUCUCAUUGGGAAAGUGACCGGUACUAUUUUGCGAAUGAUAUUAUAGUGACGUUUUAUUGCUAUGAAAUUCUUGUCAUUUUAAAUUUUGAGGAGUUGGUGGUUCGUUAGUGUGUUGUCAGCAUGUGUUGUGCUAGUGCCACAAUUUACUUAAAUCUAUUGGUUUUUAUUUCACAUUAACACAUUGUCAGUUACACACGACAGUUAAAAUUAUUAACAAAAGUAUUAGUGUUAAAGUUUUAAUUUGCAGGAUGGAAUAUUUGAAUAUGUUGAUUAAUAACAGAUUAGGUUCUAUCAAUGCGCAGGUAUGCCUUUGACAAUCUGAUAUUAAUUUUUCUGUGAACCAGAUUGCCUGAAUAGAAUUGUCUUGUGCAAUCCAUCUUCCUUUAAAUAUUUUAUGAAUUGUAAGGGUGCUUUAUUAUUGUGUGCGCGUAGAGAGAGAGUGAGAGAGAGAGAGAGAGAGAGAGGAGGAGGGAAUGAAAAAAUGUGUGGCAUGAUGAGUGGGAUAGAUCAUGAUGUUAUGAAAAAAAUUGUGAAAGGUAGAGGAGGCAGCUUUGUGAGUGUUACCGUGAGUGUUGCAUUACUAGCAUUUUAAAUCAUAAAGCAAUAUUACUUGAAGCUUUAAACUUUGAGGGACUUCUUUUAUUAUUAGAGUAGAUUUUUCCCUUGUCUUAUAUUUUACUACUUACCUUCGAUUUGUACAAUGAAUACAUUGUGCUAGCCUUCACAGAAUUGUACAGAAUGCCCAAGAAGUCAAGAAUUCAGUAUGAGAGAAGCUUAAUAAAAGAAUAUGUAAUUUUCAUACACAAUACAAUUCAACUGUAUCAAAAUUUAUAUUAUGUUAUAAUUAGGACAGAUUUAUUUACCCAUACAAGACCAAAAACUAUUUUGGGAUUUUCUAAAAAAGAUUCUUGAAAAAAGACAUUGUACAUUUGAGAGCUGUUGUUAAUAAAUUAUAAGAGGAAUCAGCAUGAGGAAUAUAGAAGGUACUGCAAGGCAGAGGAGGUUGUUAUUCUGAAGACAGAAGUGUAGGUAUGGUGGACUUUCUAAAUACUGUAUUAAAUGAUGUUGAAAUUUGUAUAAUGAGAUGGGGAGAGCGCAACCCUGUGGUGGUGAAAAUUAGCCCCAAAAAGUUUAUUGGGGGCUUGAAAAAACAUAAAUUAUGGUUAAUUUCUCUCUCUGCUUGCCAGUUGUAAAUUUCUUAAGAUUGGUAUUGUCAUUUGUAGAAAUAUGGGCACAGAUUUGAUCCUGACUGCAUUGUAAUGAGUAAAAUUGGAUGUUGCAUUAAAGAAUUACUUUUUUCGUGCAUCUUUGUAAAAAAAAAAAAUUUCAACAAAAUAUGUGAUGAUCUAAGCCUUAUGAAAGUAGACCUGAAAUAGAAAAUCGUAAAAGCAUGAUAAAAAUAAUGCAAACUAAUUCAUAUAUUCUAUUUUGUUUUUAGUAACUAAUUAAAGUAAUAAAUGGGUUUUCAGUGGAAGUAAUUUUCAAGAUAAAGAUAUGUCGGUUGUAAAGGGUAUGAAGAUUGGAUUAAUCUUCCAUCCCCUGUAAGUCUGAAUUCAAUAAGAGAAAAUACUUAAUGGAUGUAUUGUUUAGUAAUUUUGUCAUCUGGAUGCUUUGACAUUCCUCAGUGAUCGUCCAAGGUGCAGACAUAUCAUUGCGCUAGUAAUUAUGGUUCACGAGAAAAGUUUUGCAGAAAAUGUGCACUUGCCUCUGGGGUGAAAAAAAAACACCAAAAAAAUAACAAAAAACUAAAAAGACAAAACUAGAAUGAAUUCUUGCAAUUCUCACCAAAAGCCAAUCGUUUCUUGCAUGAAAUUUCUUUUACAAUUAGAUCUGUAAACAAAUUACUUUAACUUCUAGCAUAUCAUAUUUUAUGUGCUUGUUUCCUGGUCUGUGUGGAAAAUACAGAUCUUGCUAAUUGUAUUUAUUUUGAGCCUUCCCAUUACAUAUUUUUAAAAGUUUCCAGAUUUAUAGUUCUUCUGAUGUUUUAUCACAGUAUGCAUGGCAUGGUUUAAGAAAAUCUGUUCUUAUGAUGUCCAUCAAGAAAAAAAAUGAAAGGGAAAAAAUCUCAAGUACUUUUUUCUGUGCAUAUUUUUGAUAUUUCACAAAAAUUAUAUUUAUCUGUGGUAGUAUUUUGUAUAUUUGUUUUGCUGAACUACAAAGUCAUUGACAAUUUGAACCUACUGUGCUUUUAAAAUAGUUUGCCCGUCAGUUAGUCAUGUUGUUAUUGCUUCCUUUGCAAUGAACAGGGGUGUGAAAAAACUUUUUAUUCACUGUUAAUGCUUUGAUCAUCUUUAUACAAUGAACUCCAGAUAUUGUAUUGUUUGAGCUUUCCCUUCUCUAGUGUGCUUUAUACAUUGAGAUUACACUUGUAAUUAAAUUAGAAACUUAAACUGGUGCUCGUAGUUCGAUAUAUUGGCGGGUAGACUUAAGUAAAAGAUUUUUUAGUUGUUUAGAUCCUAGCAAAAUUGAAUGUUGAAUCUAUACCAAUUCUGUGAUACGAUUUUAACAUAGUUGUAUGAUGAGGGACCAUUUGUUUUUAGUUUCUGUAGGUUUUAUCAUAUAAUGAUUUUGCUGUGUGUGUUACUCACCAAAAAGAAUCCAAUUUUUGUUAAUUGCUUAUUUUCUGUUGAUAAAACUGCAUGUUUCUCACUCAAAUGUCUUGGCUGCUCUUCUUUGAGUUGCCAGGUUUGAGAAUGUAAAAAAUUGUAGCAACUUUAAAUUUGCAAUAGUCUAACAUCUGCUUGUGUUUCUCCUGUUGCAAAAUUAAUUUAAUAUGUGGUAACAUAGUCCAAAAAUUUGGAUAAUAUCAAUAUAGACAACAGACAACUUCAAUCAUUUCUCAUUUGAAUGCAGUUGAUGCUAUAAUAGGCAACAUCAAGUGGCUUGUAAUCCAUAUAUAAAGGUAGGAAAUAAAGCUUUUGAAAUUCAGUUUAGUGGAGUAAAUUUCUUGCUUAUUACUUUUUCCGAGACUUAAAUUUGAUUAGAAGUUUUUGAGAUUAUUUGUCAACUGUUCAAUAAAAAGGGCAUUAAUUAUGUAAGAAAAUGGCUUGCAUUUCCACGAAUUGUGAAUUUUUAUUAAAAGGUUUUCAAAAGAGAAUCUUUCUUUGCGUAAAUAGUGAUUGAAAUGAUAUUAGUAUGUCAUUUCUUGUAGUUUCUACUCCGUUAUGUUUCAAGUGGUUGUUUCUGUCGAGGGAUAGGAAAAUGAUUCAGUUUACUUCACAUGAAAUUUGUAUAUCUAAGUAAAUGGUUCAGGAAAAUGGGAAUCAAGCUUUUCAAUGAAUUCUUAUAGCAACUGUGAAAAUUAAAAAAAAUAUUAAUGAACACACACACACAAAUAUAGUGAUAAGAUUAAUUCAGAACACACAAUUUUUGUCACACAAGACAAGGUAAUGUGAAUCCUACUGCUCAAAAAACAUUAUGAACAGUUACCAUACACUCCACAGACAAUUGGUACAUUGGUGAAAAAGAAUCACAAAGUCUAUUCUGUGUAAAUUAUGCAUAAUUCAUUCAGAAUCUGUUCUAGAGCAUUUGCAAUUCAGGUUUAUAUUGUGCUUUUUACAUAUCUAAUCUUGUUACCUUAGUUACUUAGGUAUUUUUUUUCCUGUGCAGAACAAUUUUUUCAGAAAAUCAUGUCUAAAUUUUUUGCUUUGCUUUGCUAAAUCCAAAGUAUUUUUUCUGAUCAAUUCUUUUAUGCUGCUCACCACAUGUUAGAUUGGUGAUGGUCAAAAUAUCAAACAAUGAGUCACAAAACAUUAAUUAUUUAUUUGAGUAAUUAAUAAUUUUAGCUGCAAAAAAAAAUUAACAACGGCUACUGCUCAGUCACAGAAUUAUGUCUGGCAUUCAGUUUUGAUAAUGUGAGAGAGGGAAAUAAGUCUGAUAUGUGCCUGACUAACAGCUAAUUUUUGAAGACAAUUAUUCAGUGGGUUCUUUCUUUUUUUAUUUUGAAAGACAGUGUGUUACUCUUGAUAUUUUUAUUAAGCUGGUUUGAAAUGUUAGUUUAAUUUGAAUUUUUGAUUUAACGCUCGGAUCAUUUAAAGUAAGGAUUUUAUCAAGUUCAAACUAAUUAACAAAUACUGAUACUGAAAUUUCAGUUUGUUUGUGAAUGAUGGGUAAGAAAUAAAAUUUCUGUAUGUUUAUGAAACAAGCCUAUUUGUUUUUUGGAUUCUUAAAAAAUUUUUCUAAUAGUUUAAUCUAUUUAAUGUGGACCCUUUUUGGGCUAGCAUGUUGUACAGAGAAAAGUGAUAGAAUAUUGAAUUUGGGGUUCAUAUUCGGAAAAGAUCUGCUAAUGCAUUUCACUCUAAAGAAGGUUGCAGUAAGUAGAUUGAAGUGUUGGCAACCAUGCCUAGGAUGACACUAUUUCCUGCACGGUCAACUAUCAAUCCAUUGACUGUCUGUGGAAGCCUACAUCUUCACUGAUGGAAUACUAAAUGGUGAGAUCUCUGUUCAUGAGAUUCAUUGCUUUGACACUUUCUGAUCUCACUAUGAAAAGUCAAAUAAUGUGGUAUCAGUGGGGGAGAACAGUUGACAGAAAAUUGUUGCUGCAUAUAAAAUAAUUUGCUCCAACACCAGAAGUAGCACUUGUU